CGAUGCGUGAGAACGAAUGCAGCCAGUCUAGAUUGGAGACAUUUUUAUGAGCGGAGACCUGACUAAACUCUGAUGUCUUUAACUGUGAGCUGACAGCACGGAAAAGAAGCAGCCACUAACUUUCUACUGGUAGUUAUACUUUGAGGAUUUAAGCAUCCUCAGGGGUAUACGUGUAGUGCUCUUGUAUUUCUGGGCAAUGAGAUGAGAUGAGGGCCUGGCAUGGCAAACUUAUUCUCGUCUUGUUUUUUUUGGGAUGCGUUUUUAUGUUAACCUCCCGGCGCGCACCGCAACCAGAAAACUCACCAUUGCAGCUCAGUUUAGUCUAUGACAGAUUAAUACGAGCAGAACAACGAGGGGUGGCCUUAUCAGAAGAACUGCUUAAAUUACUGGGUCAACUUCAAAACAGCAACAAUGCUGUAUUUAAUCUCACAUCCAACAACUCCUCAGCGAUAUGGCAAGAGAGGACAUUUCGGCGCUUUUUGUCCACACAGCCUAAUGCCCUCCUCUAUUUGCCCCACCUGAAAGAGCACAAAGACAGUCUGAAACCCAUCGUUCACCUGGGAAAAGGACGCACUGGAGUGUCCCUGGUGUUAGGAGUUCCCACUGUACAUCGGCAGCAACAGAGUUAUCUUGUGAACACACUCCAAUCUCUCCUGUAUGACCUUUCAACUGCAGAGAGGAAGGAUAUUGUCAUUAUAGUAUUUGUUGCAGAGACAAAUGCAACAUUUGUGAAUGCUGUUGCAAAGAGUGUACGGGACAAUCUCCCAGAUGCUGUGAGUUCUGGAUUGAUAGAGGUGAUCUCCCCUUCAACUCACUUCUACCCAGACUUCACUGCCCUGAAGGAAACCUUUGGAGACUCCAUGGAGCGAGUCAGAUGGAGGACCAAGCAGAACCUGGACUACAGCUUCCUCAUGCAGUAUGCCCAGAAUAAGGGCACAUACUAUGUCCAGCUCGAGGAUGAUAUUGUAGCUAAGCAAGGAUACUUUGAGUCCAUGAAAACAUAUACCGAAGAGGUGUUUUCCGAGGAGUGGCUUUUCCUGGAGUUCUCCCAGCUGGGAUUCAUUGGCAAACUUUUUCGGACGUCGGAACUGCCAAUGAUUGUGGAGUUCAUUCUGAUGUUCCACAAAGACAAGCCUAUUGAUUGGCUGCUUGAUCACAUCCUGUGGGUGAAAGUGUGUAAUCCGGAGAAAGAUUCAAAACACUGCGAUGAUGAGAAGGCCAAACUGAAGAGAACUCACAAACCUUCCCUGUUUCAGCAUGUCGGUUUGCAUUCCUCCCUACCUGGAAAAAUUCAAAACCUUCAAGAUAAAGAUUUUGGGAAACAGGUGCUGUUCAAAGGCCACCCUAAUCCACCUGCAACACUCAGCAGCAGUCUGCAACACUAUCAGGAUUACUCUUUGGAAAGGGGUUACAAUGGGGAAAACUUCUUCUGGGGCCUCACACCCAAAAAAGGAGACUACAUCCUCAUCAUCUUUACUAAACCUGAAGCUGUCAAACAGUACCUUUUUCGAAGUGGUAAUAUUGAAACAAAUGGUGACAGGUUUUACAACACAACAGUGGAGGGACUUCCUUUUAAUAGCUCUGUAAUAGAGAGGGUGAAGAGAGGAGAACUGCCCUGCUGUAAACCCUCAACCGAUGGCUUUGUUGUGAUAGGUUCUUUCAAGAAUGGGAUAGCUGAAGGAGACGUGGAUGGAGCAUUACAGAAAUUAUCAGCCAUACGACUCGUGGUUCACUCAGAUUCUGAUGUCUGGGUUCUUCUCAGUGAGAUCUUUAUUAAAGUUUGAUGAGCAGAGGAGAGUGGAGACAUUUGAGCUGUAUGGUUACCGGUUCAUUAAAUACCUUGUGUGAUGGACAACAGCGCACCCUGUGGUUUUGGACAACUGCCAUUUCUGUGUGCAAUCCAUCCUUCAUUGCUGUGUGAAUGAUACAGAAUUACAACUUCUCUCGUUGAAUUGAGUGGAAAAAAGUGUUUACAUUGUCAUUUUAGUAAUGUGGUCCAUGGGUCGCACGGUUCACUCAUUUAUUCAUUUUAUUGUCUAAAUUAUUUUUGUGUUUUAAUUAAUUGUUAUGUGUUACAAAUGAACUACAGUAAAUUGGCCAGAGGGACCAUGCACAAAAGAGGCUGUGUUAUUAUGGUAUUGAAAAAACAUUUGACUGAAAUAUCAACUUUCAAACUAAUAUCAGAGCACAGGUGAUUCCAAACAAAUGGCAAAAACAUCGACUGUUUGCAAACCAAUCUUAUUGUGGCAUUUUUUUUUUUUAUAUAUAUAUAUAUAAUCUAGGGCAAUUGUUCUCAACCGGAUUUGCUUCAGGGCCCAGAUUUUACAUUGGACAUCAAGUGUUGACCCUGCACAAUACCAAAAUACAUUGGGUACAAUGGGGCUAAAGGCACCUCUUAAAGCAAUAGUUCACCCAAAUAGUUCUCAUCAUUUACUCUCCCUCAUGCCAUCCCAGAUGUGUAUGACUUUCUUUCUUCUGCUGAACACAAAUUAAGAUUUUUAGAAGAAUAUUUCAGCUCUGUGGGUCCAUACAAUGCAAGUGAAUGGUGACCAAAAUUGUUAUGCUCCAAAAAGCACAUAAAGGCAGCAUAAAAGUAAUCCAUAUGACUCCAGUAGUUUAAUCUAUAUAUUCAUAAGCGAUAUGAUAGUCAUGGAUGAGAAACAGAUCAACAUUUAAGUCCAUUUGUUAGAAAUUCUCCUCCCUGCCCAGAAGGGGGUGUAGGCAUGAAAAAUGUGAAUCACCAAAAACAAAAGAAGAAGAAAGUGAAAGUUAAAGUGGACAUUGACUGGGCAGGGAGAAGAAUUUAUAGUAAAAAUGGACUUAAAUAUUGAUCUGUUUUUCACCCACACCUAUCAUAUCGCUUCUGAUGAUAUAGAUUUAACAACUGGAGUCUUAUGGAUUACUUUUAUGCUGACUUUAUGUGAUUUUUGGAGCUUCAAAAUGUUGACAUCCAUUCACUUGCAUUGUAUGGACCAAAAGAGCUGAGAAAUUCUUCUAAAAAUCUUUGUUUGUGUUCUGCUGAAGAAAGAAAGUCAUACACAUCAGGGAUGACAUGAUGGUGAGUAAAUGAUGAGAGAAUUUUCAUUUUGGGUGAACUAUCCCUUUAAGGAAAGUGUGUGUUUUUUUUUAUUUUUUUUUUUAUGGUUGACAAAGUGAACCAAGAUAGAAAAAUAAAUUAUUUUAUUUAAUAUUCAUGGAGCAAUAUAAUUUGUGUGAAAAGAAAUAAUGACAUAAGUUUGUUUUGAUUAAAAUUCAUAUAAAAAAGGUUGCCUUUUACUCCUUUUACUUUGGGGGUUAUAGUAAUAUAGAUAAAUGGGCAAUAGAUAAAAGACUAAAUUUGUCAACUCGUGCAAAUACUAUUGAGACAGCAAGAUGCUUUUUUUUUCUUUUUUUUUUCACAAUUUCAAAUAAUAAUACUUAUUCAAAAGAACCACUUCAGAAAAGGGUGCACUGUUAGUUUCAGUCACAUUUUGCAUUUCAUAACAUCUAAGGUAUUCUAUAAACAAAUAAAUCUCCACUGUGAUUGGAUCAGUCAGUGUGAGCCCACUUUGAACAUUCUUAACAAAAGUAUUCCCCCCCAAUGCUCCUAUUGCAUUCAGAAUCUGCAUACACCUUUUGCAUUCGCUGGUCAAUUUUGAAUCGGUGGAAUUCAAGCUUAUAAAUCAUUCAUAAAUCAGUCAUUCAUAGAUGAAAUGGUGUUCAUCUAAAACUAUAUUGUAAGUUAUUAAUAAGUUCUUAACUGUUAAUACAGAACAAUAUU